AUGGUGCGUCAGCUGCACGACGGUAUGAUGGCGCGAGUCACGGACAGAGGAGCGGUCUCGGAGGCAUUCGCAGUGACCAACGGAGUGAAGCAGGGAUGCGUGCUGACGCCUACCUUCUUCAGUCUUAUGUUUUCUGCCAUGCUGACGGACGCCUAUCGCGACGAACGCCCCGGGAUCCGAAUCGCCUACAGGAUGGACGGUCACCUCCUGAAUCAACGGCGGAUGCACUUCCAAUCGCGCGUAUCCACAACCACCGUUCACGAACUCCUCUUCGACGACGACUGCGCCCUGAACACCAUCUCGGAAGAGGAGAUGCAACGGAGCAUGGACCUGUUCUCCGCCGCCUGCGAGAACUUCGGUCUGGUCAUUAACACGCAGAAGACGGUGGUGAUGCACCAACCGCGACCCCACUCAGUCACAGCCCCAACGCGCCGCCGCAAAUCAGCGUGA